UCUCCACCUCUAUUCCGAACAAAUUUGUAUUUUUUUGCGUCGCUCCGCUCCCAAGUCCAAAACGUCGCGCGUUUUCCCCAAAUAAAAACCACGAAAAUUUAAACAAUAUUUUCUUGUUUUUUUUCUGUUUUUCUCCAAACGUACAAAAUUGCAAAUUUUUGAAUCAAGCAAAACAACAACCAAAAGUGCGUGCUCGUGCAGAAACGAAGGAAAACCCGUAAAAAUUGUGGGCGAAUCAACAAGCAAAAGAGAAUGAGCGAUGAUGAGGAGAAGAGGCAAAAGCAGAGGCAGUUGUCGUAGUACUAGUACCAAAAAGAAACUGCGAAAACUGCUCGUGAAGUGACAACAACAACAAGUAUAGAAAAAGAAAAGCAAAAGAGGUAACAAGCAAAUAGGCGAAUAAAAAAGAGCGCAAAAGUAUACGUCCACAACAACACAAAAAUUAACUUAAAAAAGUCGUGAAUUCAUCGUACACACACAAACACAGAGUGAGAGAGCGAGAGAGCGUGCGUUAUUUAUUUUAUAUUUUCGUUAAUAAUUUUUCGCACUUUGUGGAACAAGUUGAAAAAGAAAAUCGACAAUAUAAUACAAUUCAAAAUACAACAACAAAAGCAGCCGCCAACAGUUUGCACCAAGAGGUUCCGCCCUCCCUAAAUCCAUAUGCAAAAUGUCUAGUCCCGACGAUAGAAUACCAAUACACGAUCUGCCAUCAGAAGCCGGAAGCGAUGAGCGAUUGCUGCACAUAACGCCGGGCACACUGACAUUAGACUUCAAGCCCCAUCCUACGGUGGAUAUCGAUCAGCAGAUCAUGGAGCUCAAGAAGAGCCAGGAAUUGCAAAAGCAAAGGCUUUUCCACACGUUUCAGGAGCAAUCGAAGCAAAUGGAAUUGGAGCAUAAGAUCCAACUGGAGCACAAGUAUCAAUUUGCGGUGAAUUCACAUGGCGCUUUCCAGGAAUUGCGAACCGAUAGCAUGGUGACAGCCACCGCGGCGGCAACAGCAGCGGAGCAACACCGCCAACACCAGCAACACCAGCAGCAGCAGCAGCAGCAGCAGCAGCAACAGCAGCAACAUCAACAGCAGCAGCAACAUCAACAGCAACAGCAGCAACAGGGACGCGGAAUGAAACUCAAGCACUGCAGCGCCAAUGCCAGUCCCGAGGUCAAACAGAUUCUCAACUGCUUCAUCAUGAGCAGGAAGUCGCAGGCGGCGACUUCAAAUGGCACAACGUCGCCCUAUCGAAAUCGUGGCGUGGUGAAGAGCUCCUCGGGCGAAUCCCUCCCAGCGGGAACCGUGACCAGUGCACAUCCCUACAAAAUACCUCAGCCGCCCUCCUCACUGCUCAAAUAUGAAUCUGAUUUUCCGCUGAGGAAGACAGCAUCCGAACCGAACCUGCUGAAGAUCCGGCUGAAGCAGAGUGUCAUCGAUCGCAAGGCCCGCAUUGGCGGACCGGCGGGAGCCCGGCGCCACGAACGCCUCCUUCAGGCGGCCCAGCGCAGGCAGCAGAAGAACUCCGUUCUCACAAACUGCAACAGUACACCGGAUUCGGGACCCAAUUCGCCGCCCUCGGCAGCCGCCUUGGCGGUGGGCGUGGUCGGUAGCCGUGGCUCGCCGACCAGUGCACCCAUCCAGGAGGAGAACGAGGAGGGCAGCCAAUACCAACCGGGUCCGCGGAGCAGCAUCAACGACUUGCCGCUGUUCAGUUCGCCAUCGCUGCCCAAUAUAUCGCUGGGUCGGCCGCAUUUACCCAAUUCGGUGCAUUCGCAUGCCCAGGUGACGGCCCAGGUGCAGGCUCAGGCUCAGGCUCAAGCUCAGGCCCAAGCUCAGGCACAGGCAACGGCCCAGGUGAACUAUGCCAUGUUUGCGGCCCUGCAUCAGCAUGUGGCCGCCGCCCAGGGAGCCGGGGGCGGCGGUGGGCAGCCGGGUGGCUACUACAAUCCCUUGAGCAUGGCCUUCUUGGGCCGUCAGCCGCCACCAGCGCCGCUGGCCAUGAUUCCGGCCACGGGCAUAGCACCGCAGCAGCCGUCGCCGGUGGUGCGCAGUGCCUCCGCCACCUCGACAUCCUCGUCACAGGCCUCGCUGGUGGGCGAUGUGGCGCCACCGCAGGCCCAUGCCGCCUCCACCAUUCUGCCCCCGUCCUCGUCCUACAUGCAGCAGCUGGGCGGCAUGGCCAGCUCAUCGGCGGUCAAUCUCCAUGCGGCCGCCGUGGCUGCAGCGGCCGCAGCAGCGGCAGCCGCCGCCGCCGGAUCACUGCCGCCGACCAAUAGCCAUGGUCAUGGUCACGGCGCCCACGGACAUGGCACCCAUGGCACCCAUGGCGUCCACGGGGCACCACACAGCCAUGCCCACGGACACGGCGGACAGGCGCACGCCCUCUACGGAGGCCACCACCAGCACAACGUGCCCAUCACGGAUGCCCAGGUGGCGCAGGUGCAUCUGCACAAGCAGGGCCACCGGCCGCUGGGACGCACGCAGUCCGCUCCGCUGCCGCUGGGUCAUCCCAUGCUCACCGGGGCCGGCCAGCUGAAUGUGGUCCAAACGCACUACGAGAAUAGUGAGGCAGAGCGCCAGGCAUAUGAGCACCAGGUGCUGAACCAGAAACUCCGCCAGACCGUCCUCACCCGCAGUGGGGCAGCUGCUGCCGCCGCCGCUGCGGUGGUGGUGCGCGAGGCGCAACUGAAGGAGGAGGACGACGACUCGGCCGCCGAGGUGAUGGACCUCACCGACAAGAAGAAGCCGCCGAAGACGGUGCUGACCAGCACGAUAGCCACCAGCACGUCCCAGAAUCUGCCCGAUGCUUUGGCCGCCGCAGUGGCCGCAGCCGCCUACCGCUCCGCCCCGCCCUCCACGUCAAGUGCCAGUGCCAGUGCCAGUUCCAGCGCCAGCAACUCCUCCGGUGCCGUGCUGAAUUCCGGCAUAAGGAAGCUGCACGAUCAGGGCUAUCUGCAGCAGCAGCGGGAGCAGCUACUGCUGCUGCAGCAGGAGGAGGAGUUGGCCAAGGGCCUGAUGCGACCGCUUUCGCGAACGCUCAGCAGUCCGCUGGUGCCGGUGGGGCCGCACGGUCUCAGCCAGAUACCGGACACGGGCCAGCAGCCAGCGCCGAUAGCCACGUCCUCGUCGGCCGACCACAUACCGCCCGUGAACCUCUCGCUGCCGAAUCGCCAGCACCGCCAGAUGAUGAGCACCCUGUACGCGAGCAGCAGCAGCAGCAGUGGCAGUGGCAGUGGCAGUGGCAGCGGCAGCAGCAGCCAGUUGCGUCAUGGCAGCCAUCAUGGUGGCCAGCCACCGGCGAGCGGAUCGUCGCCGCCGCACAAGGUGACCACCGGACUGGCCUACGACCCGCUGAUGCUGAAGCACUCGUGCAUCUGCGGCGACAAUGCCCAGCAUCCGGAGCACAGUGGCCGCUUGCAGAGCGUGUGGGCGCGGCUGAAUGAGACGGAUCUGGUGAAGCGAUGCGAUCGACUGCGCGCCCGCAAGGCGACGCAGGAGGAGCUGCAGAUGGUGCACACGGAGGCGCAUGCCAUGCUCUUCGGCUCCAACCAGUGCCAGUUGAGCAGGCCCAAGUUGGAGAACAACGCCCUGUCGGCCAGCUUUGUCCGUCUGUCGUGCGGCGGUCUGGGCGUGGAUCUCGACACCACGUGGAAUGAGCACCACACGGCGACUGCUGCCCGCAUGGCCGCCGGCUGUGUGAUCGACUUGGCCCUGAAGACGGCCAAGGGUGAUCUGCGGAACGGGUUCGCCGUCGUCCGGCCGCCGGGCCAUCAUGCGGAGGCCAAUCUGGCCAUGGGUUUUUGUUUCUUCAACUCGAUCGCCAUUGCGGCCAAGCUGCUGCGCCAGCGAAUGCCCGAAGUGCGGCGCAUCCUCAUCGUCGAUUGGGAUGUGCAUCAUGGCAAUGGCACACAGCAAGCAUUCUACCAAAGUCCCGACAUUCUAUAUCUUUCCAUUCAUCGACACGAUGACGGUAACUUUUUUCCCGGCACAGGCGGACCCACAGAGUGCGGCUCCGGUGCUGGUCUCGGCUUCAACGUGAACAUCUCGUGGUCUGGGGCACUGAAUCCGCCGCUGGGCGACGCCGAGUAUAUCGCUGCAUUCCGUACCGUUGUGAUGCCCAUCGCGCGGAGCUUCAAUCCGGACAUUGUGCUGGUCUCCUCCGGCUUCGAUGCGGCCACCGGCCAUCCGGCUCCGCUGGGCGGCUACCAUGUCUCGCCGGCCUGCUUCGGGUUCAUGACCCGCGAACUCCUCCAGCUGGCCAACGGCAAGGUGGUGCUGGCCCUCGAGGGCGGCUACGACCUGGCCGCCAUCUGUGAUUCCGCCCAGGAGUGCGUGCGGGCGCUGCUCGGCGAUCCCGCCGCCCCCAUAGCCAAGGCCGAACUGGAACGUCCGCCCUGCCAGAAUGCCAUCAACACGCUCCAGAAGACGAUAGCCAUUCAGCAAACGCAUUGGCCCUGCGUGAGGAUGCUGGAGCACACGGUGGGUCUGUCCGCACUGGAGACGCUCAAAGUGGAGCACGACGAGUCCGAGACGAUCAACGCCAUGGCCGGCCUCUCGAUGCAGUCGAUGCACAGAACUCUAUCCCGCGAUGAUUCCGAGGAGCCGAUGGAUCAGGAUGAAACCAAAUAGGAGGCGACGCAGGCGGAAAAUGGAUGCAUGGUGGAAGGGCGUAGCUAGAAUUUGUGGGCGUGGCUGAGGUGAUGGCGAGGGGGCGUAGCCGCAAGCUGCUCAAUGCACAUUUAGUUAUUUGUUGUAGUUGAAUUGAUUGUUGUUGCUGUUGUUGUUGUGGCGCUCGCUUACAAUUGUUGUCGUUGUCAUUGAUCGUCUAUAGCCAACAUCCUAUCUCUCUCACUCGAUCGAUCGACAAUUAUAUUCCCAAAUUCCCCUAUAUCUAUAACCUGUAAGAUUAACCGCCUCUCGGAAUAGAGAAACAUCGAAAAUGUAGUAGGGGUAAAUAGUUAAAGAAGCAGAACAGGGCCUAAAGUUCAAAAUGGUGGCUGUGCCUCCAAAAAAGAAAUAAUUAUAAAAAUUAGAAAAGGAUAACCCGUCAAAAAUUGGGUAGUUUUUAUUAAUAUAUAUAUAUAAAUAUAUAUAUAGUUUAUGGUGAGAAUUUAGUUGUAGAAUUGAGAGAUUUUUUUUUUGUUUUUUUUUUAAGGUGAGAUGAGAGGUAUUUUAACGCACAUACAAACACACGCAACUCCAUGUAUCUUUUGAUUUUAUUAUUAUUAUUUAAGUAAGUGUGUUAAAAGGAUAUAGAAUCAGUAAACUGUUAAUGAGAGUUAAAAGGAGAUCAGGUGCAAGUAAGAAGCGUGUGUGUUUUUUUUUGUAGGUAAGGUUCAACCUUAAAAUAUAAACCCCACCACGCCCACUUAUCCCGCCCACCCGAGAUAGAGAUCGAGAGAGAGAGAAAGAGAGGGAGAGAAGAGAGGAUUAGGUGUUAUGUAGAAUGCUUUAGUUGACUUAAGAUAUGAGAAAACUUAACAAAAGCAAAAAACUGAGAAAUCUUUUUGUACAAUUUAUAGUUUAGUCCAAGAUUCAAGUACAACAUAAUAUUAUUUAAAGAAUUCUAUAUAUAUCUUAAUAUAUAUAUUGUGCAAUAAAUGUGAGAAAAUGAAAAUCGAGUGCAGAGCAAAAACAAAAACACACACAAAAAACAUAAACUAAAACGAAUAAGAGAAAAUUGUUGUUAAAUGUUGCCGAGAUCUUAUAUACGUAUGUAUACCUAAUAACUGUUACAAUAAUAACCCUUUAUAUAUAUACACGUAUAUAUGAAUAUAUAUAGAAAAUGCACAUGUGUAUUUCACCGUGUGUGUGUAACGAUAACGAUGUUCAACAAAUGUCUGAAAUGAAGUAAAACUAUUAUUAUAUGUAAAUAAAAACACAAAAGAAAUUGAACAAUUUUAAUAAAAAAGCAAACAACAAAAAACCGAAACAGAUUCAAGCUUAAACACAAACAUACGGCCUUGGGCAGGACCCGAAAGGCGUGAAUCGGGAAAACUCUGGAAUACCCGUUUAACCGCUAACCGUUAACUGUAAUAUCGCUGUAAUUGUAAUUGUAUUUGUACUCGUGUACCUUUAGCUGUCUAUAGCCGUCUCUCUCUAAAUCGCUACAUAACUGUAAAGGAGCACCUCAAAAACCCAAAAAGGAGCAACAGACAAGGAUCAAAAAAAAUAGUAAGGGAUGAAGAAGAGGAAGAUAUGGGGAGUUACAAAAAGGAGGAAGAAGAAGCACAACGAGAGAUGGACCGAUUGGCUCCAACUGGAAGAAACAAUUGUUAACAAAUCGAAACAGAAACUAAAAACUAAACUUAAAAAACAAAAUCACAAAAAUGUAACUAUUAAGCUAAGCAAAGGAGAUGCCAUUGCCAGAAUUUCUUUUUGUCCACCACAAAAUAUAGUUUAAAAAAAUAAAAACAUGCAUUUUUCAAACAGAGUAUUUCGUCCUAAAAACUAAUACGCUUUAAAAACAAUUUUAAAAUUAUGAUUUUCUCUUGGAUCCAUUAUUUGUUUUCUAGCUUUCAUUUGGCAAUGGCUUAGAGGGUAAUCUUACAUUUCCUUCCCCUAAACAUCCAUUUACCUCCUUUGAUUGCCAUUUUUUUUAAAAACCUAACCUGGUAAAAAGAAACAUUCAAAAAAUGAUGAUAACAAAAAUAAAUAUUGUUGUUGCGCACUGCAAAAAAAAAACAAAAAGUUCCAAAACUGAGGAACAGUAACAAAACGGUUUUAGCAAACCGAAAAUAAAAUCAAAUAUUUAUAUUUUGUUUAUUGUUGCACAAAUAAGUCCAA